GGAGCCCGGCCGGCCCCUGCGCCCCUCGCCGGGUGGGCUCCCUCUGCAGGCGCGCCGCCCCGCUCGCCUGCUCCCCGGCGGCCCCCUGCAAGGGAGCGGGUGCUGCCGCGGUCCUCCCUCCACCCCCAGUCUCUCCUCAGCCCGGCCCGGCCCGGCUGGCUGCUGCGGGACAUGAGCCUCUCCUCGGCGCCGGCUCCUUUCGCCUUCGCCUUCGUGCUGUGCUUGGCCGCGGGGCAGUCGGUCCCCAUGAGACAGAGUGCAUAUGGGUCCCUCGCUGAAGUGAUGCAGAAGUGGAAAGAAUAUCAGCUCCAGUGCCUGAAGUAUCUCUAUGAGACGCCCCCUCUUGUGGCAGAAGGCAAGUUCUGCAGCAGGACAUUGGAUGACUAUGCCUGCUGGCCUGAUGGGCUACCUGGGACCUAUGUGAAUGUAAGCUGCCCUUGGUAUCUUCCUUGGGCCAGCACAGUGCUCCAUGGACAAGUUUACCGCUUCUGCACCCCUGAGGGCACUUGGCUGCUGAAGGAGAAUUCCACCCUGCCAUGGAAGAACAUUUCUGAAUGUGAGGCAUCAGAUGGGGACGCACCAGAGGAACAACUCCUCUACGUGUCAGUCAUCUACACCAUUGGAUAUGCUCUUUCAUUCUCUGCCCUGGUAGUAGCGACUGCCAUCCUUCUUGGAUUCAGGCAUCUGCACUGCACUAGGAAUUACAUUCAUCUGAAUCUCUUCACUUCUUUUAUCCUACGUGCUGUAUCUGUCUUCAUUAAGGACUCUGUGGUGAAGUGGAUGUACAAAACAGCUACGCCUGAGCACCAGUGGGAAGGACUCAUCUCCUACCAGGAGUCACUCAGCUGCCGCCUGGUUUUUGUGUUGAUGCAGUAUUGCGUGGCUGCAAACUACUACUGGCUGUUGGUGGAAGGCAUGUACCUGUACACGCUGCUGGUCCUGUCGGUCUUUUCCGAACAGAGAAUUUUUCGGCUUUAUCUCUGCAUUGGCUGGGGUGUACCAUUGCUGUUUGUUAUCCCCUGGGGAAUUGUCAAGUACCUUUAUGAAGAUGAGGGUUGCUGGACCAGAAACCAAAACAUGAAUUACUGGCUGAUCAUCAGACUGCCCAUUCUAAUCGCCAUUGGGGUGAAUUUCCUGAUCUUUAUCAGAGUUAUAUGCAUCAUCAUUUCCAAGCUGCAAGCAAAUCUGAUGUGCAAAACUGAUACAAAAUGCAGAUUGGCCAAGUCUACACUGACUCUGAUCCCGCUGCUGGGGACCCAUGAGGUCAUCUUUGCCUUUGUUACUGAUGAGCACGCCAGAGGAACGCUACGCUUUGUGAAGCUCUUUUGUGAACUGUCCUUCAACUCCUUCCAGGGACUCAUGGUGGCAAUUCUCUACUGCUUCAUCAACAACGAGGUUCAGACAGAGUUUCGGAAAAGCUGGGAACGCUGGAGACUGGAACACUUUUAUGUCCAGAGAGACAGCAGUAUGAAACCACUGAAAUGUCCAGCCAACAGCCUAAGCAGUGGAGGCACAGUGGGCAGCAGUGUCUAUGCUGCCACUUGCCAAGCCACAUUCAGCUAGGAUUUCUACAGAUGAAAAUAGAGAUGAGCCAGAUUGCCCAAACUGAACUGUAGGAGGCACCUGAAGACCCUCAAAUACCCAG